AUGUCUUCUGUUUCCUUUCCCAAUUCUUUGCCUAGCCAUGCUUCAUCAUCUUCCUCGCCUCUCGAUGGCUCAUAUUAUCCUACAUCAUUCGAGGGAAUGGGAAACAGUGGCUUCCAGAUGAACCCACACUCUGCGCAUCCCCCACGUACCCCUCGAACAUCCAUCAUCUCGCCAAAUGCCAGUGUUUAUACGCCGGAAGUAUACACCAGUCAUGAAGAGAUGGAGGAAAGGCCUACAGACCUCGAACAGGAAAUAGAUGAUGAUGAGGAUACUGCUAAGGUGAAUGCCAAAGCUCGCGUACGGAAGGAGGAGAUAUGGCGCGAGAUGUUGAAGACAAGCAACGGCAGGGACAAGGCAUUCGCGCUCAUCACGAAGAAGAACCGAUUGGGGGGCCGGGCUAGUCAAACGCUUGGAGUCGACUGUAUCAGUCGUAUUGAAGCGCAGAGCAGGAAAUGCCUCAUUCUGUUCAACUGGCUCUCUCCACUGACAUCUAUCAUGGCCGAGCAUUCUGCUGCUCCUAUAUACCCUCCAGAUAGGCCUUCCAAUAUGAAGGAGUCGACACCCAGGCCCCUGCUGCAUACGUUUCUCCAUGCACCACCACCCGUGCUACUUGAGCUGGUGAAUGCGUUUGCGGAUGAUAUCGCAACGUUCUCAAAACUUGGCCUUCUCGGCAAGCGUACUGGCGAUCGAGCCGGACGCAUAGCCGACUGUUGUUGGUUUGCCAGCACCCUUGUGAACCUUGUAGAGAAUGGUGUUGAACGCAGCAUCAUUCUCAACUCGCAGCGUGAAGUGGAAUCACGUCUGUUUGCCGAUUCCAUGACUGGCGCGACGGCCAAAUCGACCCCACGCAACACGAAGAUUGAUGAGACAGAACUGCAGCGAUUGCAGCGUCAGGAUCACUGGCUCCAGAUGAAUCGAAUAAAGCUGAUAAUGGACUUGAUGUUUGUCUCAUACGACGUCUUCAAAUUAAAACGCGGGAAGGACACAGUGAAGACUUUUACUGGCCUCGCUUCGGCCGUACUCAGCUCGGCCAAACUCUACGAUCGCCACAGGAACGUCCUUGUAAAGAAUCUAACCUUCUGA